CCCAACUCCUCCUCGUCUUCUUCGUUUUCUUCUUCUUCUGUGUGUUUGUGUGUGUGUGUGUGUGUGUGUGUGUGUGUGUGUGAGAGAGAGAGAGAGAGAGAGAGAGAGAGAGAGAGGGCUCAUCCAGUCUCCAUCCAGGGACUGAAGCAGGGAGAGCUAUGCAGCAGGAGAAGCAUCUGGCUCCAUUCGUGGCAAAGAUGUACGAGAUGGUAAACAAUCCGAGCACGAACAACCUCAUCCGAUGGGGGAAACAGAACAAUACAUUCCUGGUUCUCGAACCCUCCCUUUUCUCCCAAACGCUUCUCCCCUUCUACUUCAAGCACUCCAAUUUAUCCAGCUUCAUCCGCCAGCUCAACACCUAUGGUUUCCGCAAGGUAGAUCCCGACCGAUCCGAAUUCGCCCACGAAUCGUUUCUUAAGGGCCAGAUCCACCUCCUCCCGCUCAUCGUUCGGCGCAGGAAAAGGGGCGAAUCGGAUCAAAUCGGCCGAAAAAUGAAGAGGCAAGAAGGAAAUUAUGAGGAGGAGGAGGAAGAAUCGCUGAUGGUGGAGUUGGGUAGAUUGAAGAAGGAACAGAAGGCUUUAGAAGAGGAGAUCGAGGACGUGAACAGAAGGCUGCAAGUCACGGAACGGAAGCCGAUCCAGAUCAUGUCGUUGCUUUUGAAGCUUGCGGGGGAUCCCUGCGGCCGGGGAUCCAACUGCUUGGCUGGAGAAGAGAGGAAAUACGGCGGCUGCGGCGGCGGCGAGUUCUCCAUGGCGGAGAUGAGUUCGCCGGAGUUGGGGCCUCCGAGGAACGUAGACUACCCCUUCUGUUUGUUGGGACGGGGAUUCUUGUACUGAGUUUUCCGGCGGAAAUGCUAUACGGAUGUAAUAAUUCUGGAUAUUAGGGCUGUCAAUAAAGUAGUUAUUUGUGAACA